AUGGGGGAAGAAGUGGUGAGGAACAAGAAGGUUGUGCUCCGGCACUACGUGUCGGGGUUCCCCAAGGAGAGCGACUUCGAGGUGGUGACCACGGAGACCGUCCGUCUGAUGGUGCCCGAGGGUUCGGGGGCCGUCCUCGUGAAGAGCCUCUACCUCUCCUGCGACCCCUUCAUGCGCUCUCGCAUGAGCAGGCGUGAAGAUCUGAAUUUCUACCCCGAGUUCACUCCCGGAUCGGUAACAGCAAAACACCAAACUCUUUCUUCCGUUGUCGAUCUGAAACGAGAAAGAACUUUCCUUGCUUGGAAAACGAACCAGCAAUACCUCUCGAGUAAUAACCAUCCGUGAACAAACCUUCCAAAGUGCUUUGAGGAAUCCACAGUCAAUACAAAGAAGAAAUGCCCAAGACAAACAGUCCAGACUUUUGAAUAAACCGGACAAAUCCCUUUAAUUUUAGCUGAACAAUGCCCACGUAGACUGGUUCCUGAAAAUGCCAUGUUUCCGUUCAUCACAGCCUUAAAUUGGACUUGGCAUGCCUGUGUUUUUUUACAUGCAUACUCUCUCUUCCUCUUCUUUAUCUCUGAUUCUCGUCAAUCGCAGGUGAUUUCUGGCAUAGGGGUGGCGAGAGUUGUAGACCCCGGGAACUCUGACUUUUCUCGGGGGGAGCUUGUGUGGGGAGCCAUUGGAUGGGAGGAGUACAGCCUCAUAGAGAACCCCGAGUCUCUCGUCAAAAUCAGACAUGAGGAUCUGCCACUUUCUUACUACGCCGGACUCAUCGGUAAGAAUCGACCUUUUUCUUAUGAACAAAGCUGGCAUUAUGAUCUCAUCCGGGAAAUUUUAUAAAAAAAUCAUAGCUUUACAAGGUGGGCUCUCACAAGUUGGAAUUCGGUCGGUCCGACCCACCACCCAGGCAUUGGUAAGUCAAUCGGAUGGAGAGCUUGUUGACUCUCGACUGUUGCAGGUCUUAUCCAGUACCAAGUCAGACAAUCUUGAAUGUGAGAUCGACCCUUAUUUAGCAUUGUAGAAGACAAUAAAGUGGUUCUGAUGAUUAAAGAAUCAUAUUUCUAGUACAAAUUUGCGUUCAUCAUGUGAAUUGGUUCUGACUAAUGGGAGGCAUUUUGUUUCAUAACAGGGAUGACGGGCUUCUCAGCCAGCGUUGGAUUCUACGACAUCUGCUCCCCUAAGAAAGAGCAGUAUGUGUUCGUGUCAGCCGCAUCGGGGGCGGUCGGCCAGCUCGUCGGGCAGUUUGCCAAGCUAACCGGCUGCUACGUGGUCGGAAGCGCUGGCUCUGAUGAGAAGGUGGGCAUUGAGAGAACUCCCGCUUGACCCCAAGUACCAUCGUAUCAGCUAUGCCCACCUUCUUGUUUCAGGUAGGGCUGCUGAAGGGCAAGCUAGGUUUUGACGACGCAUUCAACUACAAGAAGGAGUCUGACCUGAAUGCCACUUUGAAGAGGUCCCCGCCGAUCAACGCCGCUUUUUAGUUGAUCCCUCUGCUCUCCCUUUCUGUUUGUGAUGGUUGACCGUAGGAGGUGCUUGCCGGUGGGCGGCACAGGUACUUCCCUGAAGGCAUCGACAUCUACUUCGACAACGUUGGCGGCAGAACGCUCGAGGCCGUUCUCCCAAACAUGAGGACGAGCGGGCGCAUUUCAGCUUGCGGGAUGAUCUCCCAGUACAAUCUACAAGAGCCCGAGUGCAUCCACAACCUGUUCCACCUCAUCACCAAGUGCGUCCGCAUUGAGGGAUUCAUGGCCCACAGACACCUUCACAAGUACCCAGAAUUCGAGGACAAGAUGGCGGGGCUUAUCAAGGAAGGGAAGAUCGUCUACAUGGAGGACGUCGCCGAGGGGAUUGACAGUGCCCCAGCAGCCUUCGUGAACCUCUUCACCGGCCGCAACUUCGGGAAGCAGUUAGUCUUGGUCGCUCGUGACUGA